UGAUCGUCGAUUGCGUGCCAUUGGACCGGUCACAAUCGACAAAUUUAUUUUACUUAUUAAUAAUUUAUAAUUAAUAGCAAUAAUAAUAGAAAAACAAACAAUUAAGAGUUUAAAAAUAAAUUUUAAAAUGCGUUCGUUAAUUGUGAUAAGCAUCUCUGUAUUUUUGUUAUCAACAAGUGGAUUAACGUCAGCUUCGAGGCCGGAUUUCAUAACGAAAUCGGUCGAUGAGUGUAUCGGAGCGGAGUCAUGGUCCGGGUGCUUGAAACAAGAGGUUCUGGAAUAUUUGGACGAUAAGUUGGGCACUACCACCGAGGCCCGGUCCCUCGAGUCCGUCGACGAGGCUUUGAUCGUCAGAACGGUCAAAUAUUUGAAAAGUUUUGAGUAUGGUGUUAAUCUGCCAUUUGUCGACGCUAAGCUCAAGUACCGCCCGGGACGCAGUCUCGCGGAUUUGGACAUCGAGUUCGACAAUAAUCAAGUCGCGACCUCUCAAGCACGUGGUAUUCUCAAGAAAAAAUUGUUGCUGCCAAUUUUAUUGCUGCUCAAGUUGAAACUCAAAGCACUCAUGCCAAUUUUCGUUGCUCUCAUUGGAUUGAAAGCUAUGAAAGCUUUGAUUCUGUCAAAGCUUGCUAUCAUACUUGUUGUCGGAUUUAUUGCUGUGCAGUUUUUCAAAAAAGGCGGCAUGACACCACCAAUGGGAAUGACGAUGGAUCCUGCGCCCCCUGCUGGAGCUUACGGAGCACCACCAGCCCCUUCAACGACAUCUGGAUACGAACCCGUCAACACAUGGGACGGAAACGGGCCUUACUCUCGCGUCUGGACACCCAGCAAUGGCGAGACUGCGCAAAAUCUUGCUUACAAUUACUACGCCCCGAGUAGCGGCAGUAAUUCAAACUCGUACAGCGCACCACUCAGCUCAUCCUCGAGCUCAAGUUCCAGCAGCAGCUCGUCGAAUUAAUUAAUUAAAAAUAAAAAUAAUUAUUUAUUUAUAUUUAAAUUUCCAUUAUUUAUUCGAGCUCUUCAACGUGACUUGAUAAAAUCCUUCGAUGGGAUCGCCAUUACAAUGACUACGAUUUAAUAAUUAUCCAAAGACAUGCAAGCAAAUAAUAGUUAGUUUUUAUUUUAUUUUUUUUUUUAAGUUAUUAUUAUUGUUGUGAUUAAAAUAAAUUAUUUUUAUCAUGG